AUGGGGGCCUCUCGAAGGUGCGGGUCAUCCAUAAAACCUCCUUCCUGCCGUCCUCUUUCGUUCGUGGGAGCACUGUGGCUUUUGUCAGCGAUUAUGACUGUGUGUGCUUGCCCUAAGGUCUGUCAUUGCACGGACAGGAACGGUGUGGUGGUGCAGUGCACCUCGCGCAACCUGGAGAACAUCCCGCCGAACUUGCCCAGGGACACCGUUGUUCUUUUGAUUUCGUCUAACCGCAUCAGGCACAUCCCAAAGGAGGCCUUCGCAGACCUCCACCGCCUCAGGGAACUGGACUUAUCUCACAACGCCAUUGAGAGCAUGGAGGUCGGUGCCUUUCAAGGAAUUUCCGAGAGCCUGCGGACCAUGGAUCUUUCAAACAACCACCUCAGCAGCCUCCCCAAGGACACCUUCACCAAGCUCCACGCCCGUGUCCGCCUGUCCCACAACCCCUGGCACUGCGAGUGCUCCUUACAGGAGGUGCUGAGGGAGCUGAGGCUGGACCCCGAGACGGUGAACGAGGUCAGCUGCUACACGUCAGUGCAGGAGGAAUACGUGGGACAGCCGGUCAUCCACGUCCUGGAUUCGGGGAUCAACUUUUGCAAUUUCCACCACAAGACGACGGACGUGGCCAUGUUUGUGGCCAUGUUCUGCUGGUUCUCCAUGGUGACAGCUUACAUCAUUUACUACAUCAAACACAACCAGGAGGACGCCAGGAGGCACAUGGAGUACCUCAAGUCCCUGCCCAGCACUUCCCACAUAAGCAAGGACUACGACACAGCCAGCAGCGUGUUUUAG